AUGAAGGACAGCCAUGCGAGCAAGCAGGGUUUCGAAAAGGAUUCAGCACGAUUGACCACAUCCACUGUUUCGAAACUCAUCGAGGUAUCACGAGAGUACAAGAUGCCGCUCUGUCUCACCUUCAUCGACUUAAAGAAGACCUUCGACUCAGUUGAGACGGAAGUGGUCGUGGAAGCCUUGGACAACCAAGGCGCCCCUACUCAGUACAUAAAGGUACUUCGAGAGUUGUACAGUAACUUCACGACCGGAAUUUCGCCAUUCUACAAGAACAUCAUCAUUGACGUGAACAGGGGGGUCCGACAGGGUGAUACAAUUUCACCCAAAAUAUUCACAGCCACCCUCGAGAACGCAAUGCGAAAGUUGGAAUGGGACGACAUGGGAGUGAAGGUUGAUGGUCGGCAGCUACACCAUUUGCGCUUUGCUGAUGACAUCGUACUGAUGACACCUGGCAUCAGCCAAGCGGAACGAAUACUGACCGAAUUGGACGAAACAUGUGGAUGCACCGGUCUUCAGCUGAGUCUGCAAGAGACAAUGUUCAUGCGAAACGGAUGGGUCUCGGAUGCCCCAUUCACGCUCAACGGAACGAACAUAUCUGAAUGCACCAGCUACGUUUAUCUGGGUCGGGAACUGAACAUGAUGAACGACCUGACCCCCGAGCUGAGCAGAAGGAGACGAGCAGCUUGGGGAGCGUACAAGAGCAUCGAGGAUGUAGUGAAGAAGACCAGGAACACCCGGCUCCGUGCUCACCUCUUCAACACCACCGUACUUCCUGCUUUGACUUAUGCUUCGGAAACCAGGGCAUUUCGCAAGCAGGAAGAAAACGCGCGCACUACAGGAAGACCGCCGACCCGAUGGUCAGAUUUCUUCACGAAGUCCUUCAAAGAAAAAUAUGAUGCUCUUCGUGUCCCACGCGAAAGGAGGAACCACUGGGCUACUCUGGCACACGAUCGGGACAAAUGGAAGAAUUACUGGCGCCCGCUCGACCAGUUCGAAGAUCAACGGGAGUCAAGGUGA